UUUUUAUAUUAAAUUAAUAUUUCGUUGGAACAUUUAUGGAUAGAAUUUUACAUGUGAAAUUAGGCUUAAGAAUAGAUUGCCGAUAUUGUUUGAACUAAUUUGUGGCAAUCAAAGUAGAAGUUUUUGUAUUGAAAAAACCAUAAAAUAUACCAUUUAUUAAUAUUCUCAUUUUGAAUUAUACACAGUAAAAACGGAACGAUUUUAUUUGCAUUGGAUUGCUUCACGUUUCGCAAUGAAAGCCAUAUUCUUGGAAUAAAUAGUUUAUCUUGUUUAUCGUUUUCUAUCUUUUAUCAAAAUCCAUGAAACUGGAACAGAAAAUAUAAUAACGCAAACGAUAUUAUUGUGGAUUAAAUUGAGCAACUAAAAAAACCUAAUGUGGAUUAUUAAGUAAGACGAUUUUUUUCUAAAGGAAUAAUGCACUAGUGAUGUUGUUAAACAUGGUUUGAACUAUGAAUAUGAUGUGAUGUGUCUGUGUUUGUGUACUUGCACAUAGCCUGUGUAUGUGUAAUGUGAGUGAUUUGGAAAUUUUAUAAAAGAAAAUGGCAUGCCUGAGAAGAGGCGGAAAGAAUGAUGGAUCGACUGAGAGUUUGGCUUUUAACACAUCCAAAAGAAAAUCGAUCAUACAGAUUUAUACUGAUUGGGCCAAUCAUUAUUUGGAUCGUGGGCGCUAUAAGCGUAAUAUCCAAGAUCUACAGGUAGAUAUAUCUGAUGGCGUUCUUUUAGCUGACGUAAUUGAAGCAGUCAUUGGCACGAAAGUUCCCGGCGUCGUAAGAAAACCGAAAAAUCAAGCUCAAAUGGUUGAUAACAUCACCUCUUGUCUUGGUUACAUCGGAGAAUUGGGUGUGCAACUUGAUGGUGUCACCUCAAAAGAUGUCAGAGAGGGGAAUCUCAAAGUAAUUUUGAGCUUAUUUUUCAAUUUAUCAAGAUUUAAACAAGCUCAAAAAAAUUCCUCUAAUGUCGCUUCAAAAAAUUCAACCAAUGCCCCUGUGACAGUAAGCAACACAAAUGCUGUAGUAAAAUCAAGUAUGGUGGCGCCAUCUUUAGGAAGUGAAAUGCUCUCCAAACUUCCAUCGCCUUUUCGUCCGUCUAGUGGUCGUGGAAUUCCAUGUCCUAGUAAUAAAGAUGUUGCGAGCACUAAUUCAUCCUCAUCCAAUCCGUCCGCAUCAAAGAAGAAUAAAGUCAUGGCGCCAUCUAUCAUUCAACAAGGUUACGUGGGGGUCGGGAACAAGGGUCCACCCUCUGUCAACAGUUCGAGGUCCGGAUCUCCCCAUACCUCCUCACCCUCCCCAGCAUCAUUCAUCCCUCAGCCAAAAAGUGCCGCUAGGGAACGUAUUGGUCUUGAUAAAAACAGAUCCAGGCCCUCGUCCGCUAGUUCUACAUCCUCCAUCCCCCAUUUGCCGGUAAAAUCUUCACUUGCAUCAUCCAAUUCAUCGACGACAUCAGGAAGAAAUGUUGCCAACGCCAAAAAUAUUCCUAUUUCCGGUUCAGGAUCGACCAAUGGAUCCAAUUCCAUGUUAGAUAAGUUUAAACUAUUUAAUCCGAAAGACAAGAGUUCUGAAAAAACAAAAGUUGUUGGCAACAGCAACAAGAGGACAAGCAGCAGCAGUGGAUUCAGUUCAGCAAGAAGUGAACGGAGUGAUUCUUCAAAUAGCAUUUGCAGUGAAACGAAAAACGCUCAGGAUUCAUCAAAAGAGCUUUCUUCACCUUCACCAACAUCUCCACCUUCUUCAAAACCUCCUCAAAUCGGCAGCUCUGUCCCUAAAUCACAAGUCAAGAAAAUUGGUGUGAUAGGAGGCAUUAAACAAGGUGUUCCAAAAACCAGACAAAGUGAAGGUCAAAAAGACCCUAUUUCCAGUAAACUCGAACAACUGAAAGCCACAUCAAAAAUAGCAAAGGAAAAGAACAAUGAGAAACUGAGCAAAUCAUUAGAUAGCUCAAAUAAUGAUAAAAAGACUGGAUCUAAUCCAUCAAUUAACAGUACAAAAAAUUCAUCACUGCUAUCAGCCGAAUCAAAAUCUGAUGCCUCUAAAAAACCUGAGGCAAUCUGCAUCCAAAUAAAACCUGAAAACCAAAUCAAACAGUCAAAAAUAGUAGCUAAUUUAAUCGAAAAAUCCUCCAGUGUUUCACCCAGUGCCUCAAGUGUUAGUGUUAUCAGUGAUGUAACAGUCAUCGAUACUGCUGGUAGUAAUAUGCAAUCAGUUGAUAACUCUGGUUCAGUUUCAUCAGCUAUGGACAGUAACUGUAAUGGUCAACUCGUAUCAUCUCCAAAUAGUAGCAUACCAAAGCCAACAUUAGCUGUUAAAGGAACCACUAAGACCACAAAGGAAGAAAAGUCUUUGCAAAACGCUGGAUCAGAAAUAAACCUAUCUACAAAUUCUCCUCCAAAAACUAAAAAAAUUCACGAGCCCCCUGUUGGUACAAAGCUAUCCAGGGAAGAUAUUUACGUGGCUGUUCACAUAGCUGGCGCUAAUACUCAAGUUAUAGAUACUGGUCAAAAGCCACAAUCUGACAAAAGGAACAUGAACUUUUCGAAAUCAGAACGUGCCAGAUCAGAAGGUAGGGCCACUACUCAGACAGGUGUGAGCAUAGCCAUGGUGUCGCCUAUCAUGAGUUCAAAUCAUAUCAAAGGCAGUCCAAAAAGCAACUCAGAAAAAGCACUCAAUAGCAGCAGCCCUGUUUGCGUCGAUGAUGGUAAGCCACCGAAAUCUAAAUCUACAUCUAAUUUCAAAAUGGUUGAUCCUAUUUACGACACUUGCAACAAAAUGGCUGCUAGGGAGAAUGGUGGUGUGUUGACUGGUGAUAAUUCUACAAUCUGGGAAGAGGGUGAAGAUGUUUUGGUGAAUAUCAAACCCAUGCAGCCACUUGUUCGAGCUUCACCUUAUGGUUAUGUCCGAGGUCUUGGACCGCUAUCUUCACCUCGAUCUAUGAACGGCAGAAUGCAACCAGGUUUGAGGAUUCAUUCAGAAUAUGGGGAAACUGGCAGGCUUAAUUCCAGCAGGCAAUUUUUGGCAUCUUUGGAUUCGGCUCGAAUGUAUGGUGCGGGAAUGAAAAGGGUCCUGUCUGGUUGUGCUAGUCUGGAUGCAGAUUACGCCACUGAUGUAGACUCUUACGAUAUAGCUUCUGGUUAUCUUAGUGAUGGAGAGAUACUUAGACCAGGAUAUCCUUGUCGAACAGAUGAUAUUGCAAGUGGCUAUUUAAGCGAAGGGGGAACUCCUGUUUAUUCCAGAAAACAUAUCGGACGUGCAAGAGAUGCUAACAGAGAGCAAAGAAUUAUAAAUGUCCUGCAAGAUGACAGAAACAAAUCCCAUCCGCCAAGACAUCAUCUGAAAAUGGGCUUUGAUGACAGCAGCUCAGUAAGCAGUGGCGCGAGUGAAUUUCCUGAACUGAGUACAGAUGACAACUUGACGGGAUCUUCUGUGAGUUCUGACAACAACGUGUACGGUAGCCUGAAAAGAAAUCAAAAAUUGACUUCUUCUCACUCUAAGUCCCUCUCCAACGGUCCAAGUACGGCGGCCAACAGCGAAAAAAGCCGCAAGGCGGUAGAGGAAGUCGUGGUCAGCACUGGAGGCUCCAAGUCAAAACAAGCCCAUGUGAAGAAAACGGACAGCUCUAUGCAAACAGAGACCAGUGCAUUCCAUCACGUCUCCUCUUCUUCCUGGAAGAAAUAUCUUCUCCAACAGCAGCAACAAGAUGCACAGUCCGUCAAGUCAGACAAGAGUGGCAGCAAGAAAUCCGUCAAGUCUUCAUCUGAUUCCAAAAAGAGUUCUGGAACGGAUUCCCACCGCUCCAAACACAAGUUAGCCGUCGUCCCAGAUCGACACCCCGAGCCGGAAUGUCCAAAGAACCAAUCUUCCAAACAGUCUUUACCGAAGGCAGGAAGUUCCGAAUCUCUCGAAAUGACCGGACGAAAGAGUUCUCGGACGUCUUCAUCAACGAAUAGUGUUGCCCCGGCAACCUCAUCGGUUGGAGGAUCUUACAGCAAGAAAACACAGGGCGCCACCAGCAGCAAUGGAUACAAUGUAAACGGAGGCAGUAAGCAAAGCGGCAGUAGUAAGGCAGCGGUCGGCAAGAGGGGCGCGGCUGAUGAGAAGACGGGCGAUUUAGAGCGCGCCCCUACCGAUGAAAUGUCGCAGUGCUACGGAGGGUUGGAGCGCCGCCCCGCGGCCGGCGCGGGCGACCAUCACCAUCUCCCAACAUCACGCAGCAAGGGCGGCAGCAAAGUCAAAGUCUGCGGCAGCACGCAGACUAACACCAGCGACCUGUAUAGUGCCGUACAUUCCGACAGCGAGUAUAGCUCGCUGGGGCGGAAGUAUCCGCCCCCUCCCCCCAAACAAUACUUCAUGACCACUCCUGGUCCUGGUACAGGACUCAAGGAAAGAGUAUAUGGAAGUAGAUCUAUUCUUAAUGGGUCCCCAACUCCCUUAUCUGACUAUAUGAUGUUGGGGGGCAGAACGCCCCGGCUCUCUGCCCCCCUUAGGGAUAUGGAUAACUAUGCAUCCUUGGACCAUGGCCCAUACUCAUGGAUGAGGCACAGCCCCAGCUGUGGUACUUCUGUUACAGGAGGCAGGGGUGGAGGAACUUUGACUGAAGCAGACAGCAUGGAAUCCUUGUCAUCAACGUCUUCCAGCAUUCACGCACAGAUUCAGCAUGCCCGAGCCAAUAGCCUAACGCACGCCCGGCUCAUGCUCCAUCAAAGAGAACUGGCCGCUUCGCCAAGGUUGUCCAGGUCAAACUCUAUCCGGUCUACGAAGUCCGAAAAGUUAGCCUCCUAUAUGUUACAAAGAUCAUCCGAUGAUCCUGAGGGUCAAAACAUCUAUGCAACUCCAAGUGGAAAUGCAUUUAUGGCAGCUGCUAUAGCCUCCGCUGCUGCUGGCAAUACUGGCUCUCAGCCGACCUCGCCAAGUUCUGCGCCACAGGGAGGAAGUCGGUACAAUAUGUAUCCUCUAUCUCCUGGUACUACAUCCUCAGUACCGAAUUCUGGUAGUUUUUCAAACCACACAGGCAAUAGUCGUAGUUCCAUGUCUCCUUACAUGUCAGGACUACUUCUUAAAAUGAAUAGCAAAGAUGAUGACAUUCAUGGUUCAGCAUUGUCUUUGGUGUCAACCAGUUCCUCCAUCUAUUCCACAGCUGAAGAAAAACAAGCGCACGAAAUUAGGAAACUGAAGAGGGAAUUGGACCAAGCCCAUGAGAAAGUUACAACUCUCACCUCCCAACUGACGACAAACGCACAUAUGGUAGCUGCCUUUGAACAGUCUCUAUCUAAUAUGACGAACAGGCUACAACAUCUAACAGCAAGUGCAGAACAGAAGGAUUCCGAAUUGACUGAGCUGAGGAAGACGAUUGAAGCACUGAAGCAGCAGAGCGCAGAAGCUGGAUUAACGAAGAUGGCCCUACAGUCGAUGCAGGCUGUGCAGAAAAGUACGGGUGCUACUAACUUAGUUCGAAGGCAUACUUUUAACACUACUAAGGAUACGGUGUCGCUUCAAGAGCAAAGGAUAUCUCGACAGUUUUCUACAGAUUCUAUGUCAAGUGUUAAUUCAUGUUCUAGUGCCUGUAGUGGUAACAGUGGUAAAUCUGGUGAUCAUGACAAAAAGAAAAAGAAGAAGGGCUGGCAGCUGAGGAGCUCGUUCAGUAAAGCCUUUUCUAGAAGCAAAAAGAACAAAAACGGAUCCGUGUCGGAUGUGGAAGAUAUACGACAUUUGCAAUCAGAUUCAUCGACUCCAAACUCUCCUUUAUUAGGUGCUGGUCAUACUACUAAUGGAGGUUCACCCACUCUCAAGCAAUCUCACUCAUCUUCUUGCCUUUAUGAGAAAGAGGAUGAGGAUAAAGAUUCACCAGAGGAUGUGAAAGACUUGAAGAAACAGUUGCGAGAGAAAGAUAUGAUGCUGACAGACAUACGCUUAGAUGCUCUGAGUUCAGCCCAUCAGUUAGAGAACUUAAAAGAAACUGUAAAUAAAAUGAGAAGUGAAAUGUCUAGUUUGAAACAAGAUAAUGAUAGACUUCAAAGGCUUGUUUCUACAAAAUCUCUUACCUCUUCACAUAGUUCCUUACCACUUAGAAACAGCUUAGAAAGCUUAGAAAAACGGCUAAGCGCCUCUGAAAAUUCAGGACCACCUAGUAUUGCUGAUAUGUAUUUGAAUGAGCCUAGAAAUGAUCAAGAUGGAAAACUCAUAAAUGUUUCCGUUUACCUUGGUUGCCAUGGGGAUAAUUCUAUAUUCCAAAAACAAUCUAUGACGUUUUCUGAAAUAUUAAUUGGAAGCAUCUCUGUAAGCUCCAAAACUAAAUGGGAUUUGUUAGACAACCUAGUAAAGAGAUCAUUUAAGGAAUAUGUUCUUAGAGUAGAUCCAGUCUCCAAUUUAGGUCUUAGUGCAGAAAGUCUUGUUAACUACCAAGUAGGAGAAAUUAUACGAUCCAAAGAAGCUGAUGCACCUGAGCUUUUGCCUUGUGGCUACAUAGUAGGUGAUAGCAUGCACGUAAAACUAGUUCUGAAAGGUACACGACAACAUUCUGUUGAUGCCUUUGCAUUUGAGACCUUAAUACCAAAAUCUAUAGUACAAAGAUAUAUCUCACUGUUAACUGAGCAUCGGAGAAUCAUCCUAUGUGGACCUAGUGGAACAGGAAAAACAUAUGUGGCUCAAAAGUUAGCUGAAUACCUUGUUCUCAAGAAUGGAAAGGAACUAAGUCCAGGCUCCAUUGCAACGUUCAGUGUUGACCACAAAUCAGCGAAAGAACUGAGACAGUAUUUGUCAAAUGUUGCUGAGCAAUGUGAAACAAGUAAUGUGUCAGAUUUACCAACUGUGAUAAUAUUAGACAACUUACAUCAUGUAGGUUCUCUAGGUGAAGUUUUCAAUGGUUUCCUCAGUGCCAAAUACCAAAAGUGCCCAUAUAUCAUUGGCACAAUGAACCAAGCUACCUGCUCAACUACUAACCUUCAACUUCAUCAUAACUUCAGAUGGGUGUUAUGUGCUAACCAUAUGGAGCCUGUGAAAGGGUUUUUAGGCAGAUACUUAAAAAGAAAGUUGAUUGAAGAAGAGGUUAAAACUGGCAUACGAAAUGCAGAAAUCGCCAAAGUAAUUGACUGGAUGCCAAAAGUAUGGCAUCAUUUGAACAAAUAUCUUGAAACUCACAGUUCUUCUGAUGUCACAAUAGGUCCUAGGUUAUUCUUGUCAUGUCCCGUUGAUCUCUCAGGAUCUCAAGUGUGGUUUACUGAUUUAUGGAAUUACAGUGUAAUUCCAUAUGUACUAGAAGCUGUAAGAGAAGGCUUACAGUUGUACGGAAGAAGGGCACCUUGGGAAGAUCCAGCUGAAUGGGUGUACGAAACAUAUCCUUGGCCAAUGCAUGGCACCACAAGUGAGCCCCAACUCCUUAGAUUAAGACCUGAAGAUGUUGGUUAUGAAGGUCAUCCAGGUCCAAGCGUUGGAUCCAAAGGUCAUCAUACUAACAAUCCAAACAAUGAAGCUGAUCCAUUGUUAAAUAUGCUGAUGCGACUUCAAGAAGCUGCUAGUUAUUCAAGUCCUCACAGUAAUGACAGUGACUCAACAAGUAUGGAUAGUCAUGGAAGUAGUUUACAUUCAGAUGAACUUUUAACCUCAGGACUGGAAUCUACACUGUAAUGUGUUUGAAAUACAAUUGUAAAAAAUCAAGACAUUAAGUCAUAUGAUUUGACUUAAUAACUUUGUUUUCUAUCAUAUUGAUGGGCGUUUUUAUCUCGCUGAAAAUACUAUUAAUAAGGCAAAAUAUAUUUUCAUUUAACAAAAAAAUCAUCAAUUUUCUAAACACGAUAAAAAAUUUUACUUUAAAAAAAUCAGGUAAAAAAUUUUCUAAUGUUACUUUUUUUUUCCAUUUACAUUUGAAUGGUUGCCUUAAUUGUUGUAUUAAAGCAAUCCAUUGUUUAAAUUAAUUAUUUUUAUUAAUUUUGUGUUCUAAAAAGUUUUUGUUGAACAUAUUUAAAAAUAACAAUUUCCUUUCUUAUUGACGAUUAAUGUUACUUAAUAUUUGCUAUAAUGACUAACAGAAUUAAAUAUACUUUUAAAAUACUUCCAUGGUAAUGGAUUUUAAACAUCUAUGAGAUUGCAUAUACAUUGUACCAGCUUAGAUUUGUAAUAAAAUACUACUUUUAAAAAGUAAUAAAACCUUUCAAAAUGUAAAAAAAAACAUCCUACUAAACAUUUUAACCUUGAUAAGACUGAAUUUUGAAUACAAAAAAAUAUGACAGUUUCGAAACAUCUGAAAGAUGCUUUUCACGUGCAAAUAAGAAGGCUGAAUGUCACGAGAAACCCACCUUUAUAUUCUGGUGCUAUAAUUUUAGUUAAAAGAAUUCUUUUCAUAUUUGAUAUGUAAAUUUUUCUAUGUGAAAACUCACUGUGCUUUUUUUUUCAAAACCAAUGCUUGUGCAAGAUAAUUAGUUUUAUCUUUUUGACAUUAAGCAUUUUGAGUUUUAAUACUUAAAGGAGAAAAGCUUGUGAUCUUUUGCAUUUUAUAAAACUUUUUUGAUACUUAAUUUAUACUUUUUAUAAAAGAGCACACUGUAUUUUAUAAGUAUCCAGUUUUUUUAAUGCAAAUUUGUGUCAAAAAAAAGAUUGUAAACUAUAAAAUAAAAUGUGAUGUAACCUAGCUAAGUAAUACCUGAUUAUGAAGCCUGCAGUGAGUUGCCUUAUUUAUUUGGAAAUAAUUUAAAUUUUAUUUUUUUUUUUCAAAUCUUUAAACAAACUGUAAUUGCUUUAUGGAGUAUAAAUUUUCUUAAUAUAAUUUUAAAUCUUUGUAAGAGACAGUGCUGGUUACUGUCUAAAUUAACUAGAAAAUUUAUUGAAAUUAUAUUAUUUAUUUCAUAAUAAUUGUAAUUAUUUGAAUUAUAUUACAAUUUUUAAUGAAAGUUUUUGCUGAUUUUUUUUAUAAGACUGAAAUUACAGUUAUUUAUGCUCAUGAAUUAUAUUUCUUACACAAGAACUGUAUUUAUUUUGUAAUUAUAGAUAGACAGACUGAUGUUUUUGUUCAUAUUAAGACCAAAGAGUGUUUUCAUAAUGUAAUAUUAUAUUUGCAUUUUUAUAAUUGUUUUAUCUCGACUCAACUUAGAUCUCUUCAUAGACUUUCUAUGUAAUUGUUCAUUGUCAAAAUGAAAAGAAAAAUAUUAGUUUGACUGUGUUAUGUUUUAUUUGUUGUAUAAAAAGAUCUGUAAAUAAAAAAUAAUUUUUGAAAUUUAA